ACUCAAACAGCCGCAAAAAUGGCUCGAAUCGGAAGGAGUACGGUCCUGCUGGUGAUCCUGCUGACAUUAGGAUGUCAUAGGCCCGCUAGUGGAGUUCGGCAGGUGCAGCUGACGCAGGAGCAGCAGGAGAGGAUUAAACAGGCGAGGCACAGCACCUUCCAAGGUCGUGUGAUUAACGGAGAGAAUGCGUCCCUGGGAGAGGCACCUUACCAAAUAUCCUUGCAGGGAAUGUACGGGGAACACAUAUGCGGGGGAUGCAUUGUGGACGAGUAUCAUGUCCUGACGGCAGCUCACUGCGUUUACGGUUACAAUCCCACGUACCUGCGGGUGGCCACUGGAACGGUCGAGUGGCAGAAGCCGGAUGCCCUGUACACCGUGGAGGAGCACUGGAUCCAUUGCAACUACAACAGUCCCUCGUACUACAACGACAUAGCCAUGAUCCGGUUAAACGAGCCAAUCGUCUUCAAUGAGUACACCCAACCGGCCAAACUUCCAACAGAGCCUCUGGCAAAUGGAACUACUCUGUUGCUCACGGGUUGGGGUUCCACCGAGCUCUGGGGCGACUCACCCGAUGUCCUGCAAAAGGCCUACCUCACCCACGUGGACUAUCCGACCUGUCAGGCGAUCAUGUCCAACGACCCGUUGAACGGACCCUGUCACGUCUGCACUCUGACCUCUGGCGGGCAGGGGGCUUGUCAUGGCGACUCUGGCGGUCCCCUUGUGUCGAAUGGCAUUCUCUACGGACUCGUCAACUGGGGCUAUCCCUGUGCCCUCGGCUACCCGGAUAGUCACGCCUCUGUCUACUUUUACCUGGACUGGAUCCGAACCAUGAUAUCAGGACCGUGCGGCACCUGCUACUGCUACGCCAGUAACUACGGGAGCUAGUGACGAAAGUGACAUAAUACCUAUAAUACAUCGAUUAGGUAAUCCAAAAAUCGAAACCUAG